GAAUGUCUCCAAAAAUCUCAUGUGUCUGUAGAAAGGGGACAAGAUUACAAUGAAGACUAUUGAUGUUGGGUUGUUUUUGCAUUUUUGCUUUUCCUUUAUUUUCCUUUACUGAAGUUUAAAAUUCCCCUACUGUUAGGUUACUUCCAGUUGGAAGGUUGCACAAUAAAUCUGCCUUUACUUUUUUUUAAACUGUUUUCUAUGGAAGGAAAAUAAUGGGGGAAAAGCUGGAAACAUAUAGGUAGGUUUCAAGUGCAAUUCUAAAAAAAAUAUGAACCUGAUGGUGACCUGUGAUACCAGAUAAAAAUAUUGUCUGAAAACAAAUUGUUUAUUACUACAAUACUUCUUUCACUGGGUUAGUUGGAAGAGAGGAAAGGAGGGAGGGAGGGAGGGAGAGAGGGAGGAAGGAAGGAGGUCAACAAUAUUCUAUUAUUCAUUUCAUAUGACUAAAUUGGACAUCAUGUUAUCUUUAUAACAUAAUUAGAAUCAAAAUCUAUUAAUGAACAAUAAAAAUCAUGGUUUAGUUGGUGACUACCAAUCAACUUUUAACUUUUCAGGAAAAUGGCACCAAGGUGUGAACUGUGAAUCCCGUAAUGAUCACUGCCACCAUCCUUUAAAACAUGGCUUUGAUUAUUUCUAUGGUAUACCAUUGACCCUACUAAAUGAAUGCCAGGCUAACAAGGAUCCGGAGGUGGAUGUACAGCUGCAAGCUACCUAUUGGUUUUGCACACAGAUGGUUGCCCUCUUAGUGUUUACUCUUCUUCUGAUAAAGAUGGCUACUUUGUUCCCUGUGAAAUUGAAAACAAUUGCUUUCAUAACUUUUUGUGGCAUAUUAUUUUUUAUUUCCUGGUUUGCCAAUUAUGGAUUUGUAAGAUACUGGAACUGUUUGUUGAUGAGAGAUCACACAGUUAUUGAACAACCAAUAAACCUAGAAAACGCUGCCUCCAGGAUAGUGAAAGAAUCUGUUGCGUUUAUUGAACGAAACAAAAAAAGACCAUUCCUGCUCUUUGUUUCCUUCCUCCAUGUCCACACGCCCUGCUUCACCACAAAGAUAUUUCAUGGGAAAAGCCAGCAUGGUUUAUAUGGAGACAAUGUAGAAGAGAUGGACUGGAUGGUAGGAAGAAUUCUUGCUGCUGUUGACAGAGCGGGAUUAAGGAAUAACACUUUUACUUAUUUUACUUCUGAUCAUGGAGGAUAUUUGGAAUUUAGAGAUGGGAAUAUCCAGGUUGGUGGUUGGAAUGGUAGACUUAAAGGUGGAAAGGGCAUGGGAGGUUGGGAAGGAGGAAUCCGUGUGCCUGGAAUAGUUAGAUGGCCAGGAAAGGUUGCUCCUAAUACUGUUCUUGAUGAACCCACAAGCCUGAUGGAUAUUUACCCCACUGUGGCUCAUUUGGCUGGGGCAUCAGUGCCACAAGACAGGAUAAUCGAUGGGAAGAACCUAAUACCUUUACUGUGGAAAGAUCAACACUCAGAGCAUGAAUUCAUGUUUCACUACUGUGGGUCACAUUUACAUGCGGUGCGUUGGUAUCAGAAAGAGAGUGGUGCACUUUGGAAAGUCCAUUAUGUAACCCCAAACUUUGAACCUCAGGGGGCCGGAGCCUGUUAUGGAAUUAAAAUGUGCCAAUGUUUCGGUGAUGAAGUAACCCAUCAUAACCCUCCUUUGCUUUUUGAUCUUUCACGUGAUCUUUCAGAGACCAACCCCUUGUCCCCAGCUUCUGAACCACUGUUUAAUACGGUCAUAAGUCAAAUGGCAACAGUAGUGGCCAAACAUCGUAAUACUCUCACACCUGUUCCCCAACAACUUGAUGUGUACAAUAUUGUUUGGAAGCCUUGGUUGCAGCCAUGUUGUGGGACAUUCCCUUUUUGUUGGUGUAACGAGGAAAGCAAUAAUGACACCACAAUUAAAUAGAUUUUAAGUGAA